GACUAAAAAUUUAAUUAAUAUAAUUUUAACCAGCAAGAUUACCAAUGUGGAACGAUAGCAAUAAGUAUGAUAGAGGUGUCAAUACAUUCUCCCCAGAAGGCCGUAUCUUCCAGAUUGAGUAUGCCUUCGAAGCUGUGAAGAUGGCAGCCACAGCGAUCGGGAUUAGGACAGAAGAAGGCGUUAUUUUAGCAGUAGAGAAAAAGUUACCAUCCAGACUCAUGGAUCCGACUUCUGUAGAGAAAAUUAUGGAAAUUGAUUAUCAUGUUGGAUGUGCCUCUAGUGGAAUUGCAGGUGAUGCAAAGACACUAGCAGAUCAUGCUAGAGUUGAGACUCAGCAGCAUAAGUUCUCCUUCAAUGAGCCUUUGAAGGUUGAAGCUGUUACUCAGUCUAUUGCUGAUCUAGCAACUCAUUUUGGGGAAGGGUCUGAAGGAAUGAAAGAUAAACCCAUGUCUAGGCCAUAUGGAGUAAGUCUCCUCGUUGCAGGAUGUGACGAAGAUGGACCUCAACUGUUUGUAACUGACCCAGCUGGAACUUACUUAAAAUACAAAGCCUGAGCUAUUGGUUCAGCUGCUGAAGGAGCUCAAGCUUAUAUAAAAGAAAGCUACAAAGAUGAUAUGACUUUAAAAGAGGCUGAAAAGUUAUCUCUCCAAGUUCUAAAGAACGUAAUGGAGGAAAAGAUAGAUCAACACAAUGUAGAAGUUGCCUCUGUUGAGAAGGAAACUGGCAAGUUCAGAAUAUACAGAACAGCAGAAGUCAAUGAUAUUAUUGAUACGCUUUCAUAA